UUCGGGGCCAGGCUCGAUUUGAGUAAGUAUUUAUUUAAAUCCAAGAGGGACUUACUCAUUGUGGCUGAGAAUCUUAUAUCCCUGGAGGACUAUAGGAGCAUAAAUCCGACAUUUCUGGGGGCUUCGUUCCGGUCCUGUGGUUCUGGUCGUGACACAAGGACAGAUUGUCGAGACUCAGCUCGUGAUUUUGAACCUUAUGACUUGUUUGACAUCACCGUGAAUAGAGCAAAAAUUCAUCCCUUCAUGACUUCGAUAAAAUCGAAAUUUUAUUUUUAUUAACUUAUAGAUAUAGUCAUUAUUGUUUUCUAAAUAUUAACACUCUUAAAUUACUUUUACCCUAUCUAUUUAAACUACCAUGUUUCAUUAUAACCUUUGGAUUUUCUUUCUCUUUAAGUUUUCUAUUUUACUCUUUUUAACAUUUACUAAUAUUAACUUGUUUGAAGUGAGUGCUUCUGUUACUAAUUUUACUCCUAAUCAUUCAAGAUAUAAGCCGAUGUUACUUACAUCUCAUGAAACUGCAAAUAUAGAUCUCAUGACUGAAAUAAUAAACAAUGCACAACGGUCUAGUCUUUUAUCAUCACGCCCAAUAUUGUAUUUUUCUCAUUCAUCUAUAAUACCACAAUUUAUAGGCAUUAUUUUUGCCAAUGUACCACAUGAUGAUAAUAUACCAAAUUGGUUUAUUAAUGAGACACAUCUUAUUGUUCCAGAAUAUGGUAGUUUAAAUCAUGAAGGAAGAGAUGUUUGUCUUUUAUGUAGUUUAAAUCUACAAUCAUCCUUGGUAGGCAUUUUUCAUGAUGAUACACAUAUGAAUCUAGCAACUCAGGAAAAUUUAAUUACAUGUGAUACACAAAACGAUAAUUCAGAAUCCAAUAUUUCAAAAUUUCCAGCAACUCUUUUUAUAGACAAAACAAAUCCUUUAGCAUCCAUAGGAUUAUGGCAAUGCAAAGAUGAUUAUUCUAAUUUUUCUCUUAAUAUCACUUUCUCUCCAAAACAGAUUUCUACGAUAUCUCCAAUAUUAUCUACUACUGAGAUACCAGUAUCUACAGUUUCACCAUUUGAAGAGGGAGAUCCGAUUCAAGUUCGUUUGGAUUCCGCCACUCCAGUUACUUAUGAUGUGGAAUAUCGCAUGAUUACAUGGCAUUUAGAAUUAUCAAAAUGGAUGGUGUCUGAACACUAUCAUAACUGUUCUGCUUUUGUAUCUGUUCAAGAAAAAUCAAUUGAAUGGUGGUUCCAUGAAAGCAUGCUAAAUAAUGUUUCUCUUCGCUCUAAUCACAGACCUAAGAGGGAUGCUAUUUCAACUGGUUUAGGGAUUUAUGGUAGCGUAAAAUUUCAGAAUUCACUUGUGCACUGCACAAGUGAAUUCUGAAAUUUUACGGUAUAAAUUAGCUUCCUUAGCAUCACAUACCUCUAAUGGCUUUGAUACACAAUAUGGAAUUAAUAACAAUAUAGCACGUCUCCAACAGCAUCAGACUCAUGUAAUGAUAGAAAUGACAGAUAUAAUUAACAACAAAUUUAAAACCCUUGUUGAAGGUAUAUACAAUUUUACUAAUGAUGCUGUUUGGGCUAUGCUAUGCUCAUAAGUACAAGCUGACCUGUCAACUGACCUUAAAAUUCAACUACAAAGUUUAUGGUCCGGCAAAUGGCCAGCUUCUCUGAGUCUUGCAGCUGCUAAAUCAGUAACUUCCUUUGCCAUAAAUCAUUUGAUGUGGUGGGAGGUCAUUCUCUCUGAUUGUACCUUGGAAUCUUGUGCAAUUCAUACUUUAGUACCUUUGUCAGGAAAAGACACUAUUAUAUAUCGCCUGGCUACAAUAGGAUUGCCCCUUAAUAAUUCAUUAUUAAUUCCAGAAUUGUCGCAUCAAUGGGUAUUUAAGCAUAAAAAUGAAUAUAACUGGACAAUGGUAGAUGUAUCAUUAUGUACUACUAAUAUUAAUUCAUAUAUGUGCUCCCCUUCCCAAUUCAAAACAACAACAGAGACUUGUUGGCUACACCAAAAAACAUGUACUUUAAAUGGCCAAUUCAAUGUAUCCAGCCCUAUAUAUUAUUUAGGAUUAGAAAGAAUUUGUUUCCAUCUAUUUAAUCGUGAUACAAUAAUAUUUAAACCAAAAGGGAAACAAUAUAAAUCGAUUGAAAUGCUUCCGGGCACAUGGUGUAAUAAUAUUCCUUUAGAGUUUAUAUCUUCAUCUACUUGGAAUAUGACAAUACCACAAACAUUGAAUAUGUCUUUAGAUCUUGGAUGGGAACAUAUUAUAGAUUUUAGUACAUCUGAUUUACCUUUAGGUAUGGGAAUGCAAAUGAAAAAGUGGUUAAGUGAGUCAACAUCUAUUAUUUCUCUUCUUAAUGAUCUAAAGAAAGAGUCACGUAUAGCUCAGAUAAAUGUACAACAUGAACAAGGUAUUCUGAAAAAGGUUUCCGCAGUAGUUUUUAAAGACGGACAGGUGUCAUGGUGGGAAUCUAUAUUUGGAUAUAGUAAUACAGCUACACAGUUUUUUAAUUUUAUGUUACAUCCAAUUAUUAUUAUUUGUAUUAUGCAAAUAUUUAUGUUAUUAUUUAUUUGUGGAUGUACUUGUUAUCAAAAACGUCUUAACCAGAAAUUAAGCAAUCAAAUUGAAACAUUGAAGUUUCUCCAAAUGCAACAAAAAACAUUUAUUCCAUUUCAUACGAUGGAUGGUCAUACUGUUGCUAUAGACCCCAGUCGUCGUCCUGUUUUAAUUUAGAUUAUUUCUCUAUUUAUGUGCUCAUGUUCUAUAUCUUUGUUUUUUUUCAUAGAUACCCUCUCUGCUGUUUUCUUCUAUUUCUGGCUGAAUCCUUUUAACCGGCACAUGGCAUAUUUUGUUUAACUAUCUACCAGACAGAUUCAACAGCUGAACUGCUGCAUAAUGGCUACACGUAAUGACUAUUUCAGUGGUGAAGCAUACAGAAAUGAACGUUCGUUGUAUUACGUCUGAUUUGGACAUUCAUCAUCGUUUGUAUUACGUCUGAUUUGGACUUUUAUCAACGUUUGAAUUCCGUCUGAUUUGGACAUUCAUCAUCGUUUGAAUUACGUCUGAUUUGGACUUUCAUCACCGUUAAAUGCAUUAACGGAUUGACAUCUUUAAAAAGACUAUUUCAAGGAUAUUUCAACAUUGUGUUCUAUAAUGUGACACAGGAUCCUGGGCUGGAACUAGCCCUAAGAGCUACUGGAUUAUCUGGAUAAUGGAUUUCUUCAUGUUCACAUAUGGAAUGACUUUAUAUAUGUCGAUAUUACUGUAUAAUGAGUCCACUGGAAUUGUAGCAUUUUGUCUGGAAUUCUAGCAUUUUGUUUUUGUCUGGUAGAGCAAAUUUUUUUUUAGAUAUGUAUUUUUUGUUUUCAGCCAACUGUGCUACAUUAUGGAUUUUGCCUUUAUUAGAAGAAAAAAAGUGGGGAAAUGUGGAUAUCAGGAUUUUAGAUUAAAAUUAUAUACAUAUGGGUUAGGUAUUGUAUAAAAUGCAAUGAUUAUAGAAUAGGACACUGCCACAGAACAGCUGUGUUAGACUCUACACUUCAAGGUUAGAGGCCUUUCUACUAAUUAGGGUUGUAGAAUGUUUACAUAGAACUAAGAAUACAUCUGUUGUCUCAUAUCACAAGUAUUCCUAGUGCAAGGUUAAGAAAGACACUUAUAGCCCCAAAAACACACCCACUGCACAGAUACCAUUCUGGACACUGUGCUAGCACAGCAAAUGUACUUAUUUGGACUGUACUUAGGUCAGGAAGAAUUGUACUAAAAUGGACAUAGAGGCAUAGUUAUAUUAAACCAAGGACGAUGAUUGGAUGUCAAGGGAUCAGCCCCAUAGAAGAAGAAAUGGUUAAAUAAUCAUCUGUUGUAUUGCUUAUUGUCCCCCAACGUCCUCACGAGCUUUCAGGGCGUGUGAGCUAUUAUUUAAUACUCUGUAUUGUAAUACUCUGUAUUAAUGUA